AUGGCUGACUCCCCCAGGGAAAGAAAAGUGGCCAGGCCUCCAGACUUCACGCAGCUGAUUGACUUGGCGUCUGAGUCUGUAGGAGGAAAGAUUUUAUUUGCAACAGAUGACUUUUUUGCUCCUGCCGAAAAUCUUCUAAAGAGGGACAACCCAAGUUUUAAAGAACACGAGUACACUGAGUUUGGGAAAUGGAUGGACGGAUGGCAGACCAGAAGGAAAAGGAUUCCAGGUCACGACUGGUGCGUGGUCCAGCUGGGCAUCCAGGGUGUUAUCCGGGGCUUCGACGUGGACACGUCCCACUUCACGGGAGAUCACGCCCCUCGAGCGUCGAUCCAAGCGGCAAACUUCGAAGAAGAUAAGCAGCCAGAAAUCCCACAACGAGAAGUCAGGACAGGAGCCGCGGCCACCCCCGAGGAGUUUGAAGCCAUUUCAGAGCUGAAGUCCGACGACUGGAGUUGCUUGGUUCCCAUGACAGAACUUACACCGGGAAAUCCUGCUUCCAGCCACAACUACUUUCCGGUCACUUCCCAGCAGAGGUGGAGUCACGUACGACUCAACAUUUUCCCGGAUGGUGGAAUUGCACGUCUUAGGGUAUAUGGUACUGGACAAAAAGACUGGACUGCGGGUGACCCCAAAGAACCGUUAGACCUGGUGACCAUCGCUUAUGGGGGUGCCUGUGUAGGGUUCAGCAAUGCACAUUUUGGGCACCCGAACAAUAUCAUAGGAGUCGGCAUGGCGAAGUCGAUGGCAGACGGCUGGGAAACAGCACGGAGGCUGGACAGGCCCCCGAUACUGGAGAAUGACGAGAACGGUAUUCUCCUGGUUCCAGGCUGUGAGUGGGCAGUUUUCCGAUUGGCGCACCCUGGAGUAAUAACUCAAAUCGAAAUCGAUACAAAAUAUUUCAAAGGUAAUUCUCCUGAGACCUGUAAGGUGGAUGGCUGCAUCCUGACGGCUCAGGAGGAGGAGGACAUGGUCAGGCAGAAGUGGGACCUUCCGGGCCAUAAGUGGAAACCACUGCUUCCGGUCACAAAGCUGAAGCCUGAUGAGAUGCAUGUGCUGGACAGCCUGACCCCCGAACUGCAGGACGUCAUCACCCAUGCCAAGUUCACCAUCACCCCCGAUGGGGGCGUGAGUCGCCUCCGACUCAAGGGCUUCCCCAGCUCCAUCUGCCUCCUGCGGCCCCGCGAGAAGCCCAUGAUGAGGUUCUCGGUGAAGGCGGGGUUCAGGGCGAACCUCUAA